AUGAGCGUCAGUAGCGCGCAGAAUCGCCGAUUGUUCUGCCCGACCUGCAGGCGGUUGGGGGUAGCCGGGUCGUCCUGGGUCACGGACACGCGGAAGCCAACUAGCCGCGUGGCCCAGGGCGCACUCACCUGGCAGCUGGCUCGGCGGCGCACGGGCGGCAGGCGCUCUCGGAAGUGGCGGCUGGGUGCGCCCGGCCUGCGCGCCGUUUUGUUCCGCUCCGGGGAAGGCGUGUCCCGGGCCACGCCAACCAGUGGGCUUUGCACACCGCACCACUCCAGGGCUGAUGUCAUGGCGCGAAGCCCGGCGGUGCGCCCUCCCAGGCCCCAGGACGGCCCGGUCGGCAGGGGCGGGGCAGGAGUCGCCGACUGUGGGGGUGCCCCGCGCUUGUGCUGCGGUCCCACUGUGCGCCCCGUCGCCGCCACCGCGGAAAACGUCUUGCACGUGCGAGGGACAUUUCGGGGGUUUCCUGUCGGUCAGGCUAGAGUGAAGUGGCACGAUCUCGGCUCACUACAACCUGUGUCUCCCGGGUUCAAGCAAUUCUCCUGCCUCAACAUCCCAGGGACCUGGGAUUUCUGGAUUCACCCGGUAUCCAGGCUCUCCCAGAGCGGCGCUUUGGCUGGCCACGGCCUGGAGCAGAGUUUGUGCAGCGCUCCCACGGCCGCCUGCCCGGGCCUGCCCCCGACACAUGCUCAGUGGAAUUCUCCCGUGGCAGCCCAGAGUCUCCGGAACGAAGGUCUCCGCGGCCAAAGCCACGCAAGAGGCUCUCCUGCUCUCAUUUCCAGACGCACCCUCAUCCUUGGCGUCUCCCAGCUCCAGUUCUCUUUGACUCCUCCGGUCCUCAUUGCUGCUCAGCUUCAAGGCGCCCCCACCUCCCAGGAUAAGUCCGCCUGA